CCUGGAAUUACUCAGUGCUGCAGGAGGAGCAGCAGAGGCUGGCAGUGGAGCUCCUGCACCUGCAGGGUGAGCUGGACCGCGUGACAUCGCUGUAUUCUUCCAUGAGGGAAAAUCGCUCUUUGCUGUGGAACGAGCUGGAAAGUCUGAAAAACAAGCACAGCGGCCUGCAGACUAAAUUCACCAACAUCUCGGAAACCCACUCCGCUCUCAUUCGAACCCUCACAGAUUUCAGGGCUUCAGCCGAAGAGCACCUGAGCCGGUCUGCUCUGAAUUACUCCUCACUGCAGAGCGACCAGGAGGAGCUGGAAGCAAAGCUCAGGACUUUGCAGAAUGACCUGGCAAGCUUAUCCAGCAGCUUCUCUGAGGUGAAAGAAAACAGCUCCUCUCUCAGGCACCAGCUGGACGUGUUAACUGACCAGAGCAGCCUGCGCAUUAAACUGGACAACCUCUCUGACACCCUCUCCGCUCUGAUGAAAACUCUCGCAGAGGCAAAACCCAGGAAAACGUGUCCGGACCACUGGGAGCUGUUCAGAAGGAAGUGCUACUUCUUCUCCAGUGACAAGGAGAGCUGGGGGACCAGCCGUGACAUAUGUGCGUCUGCAGGGGGCAGCCUGGUGAUCAUCAAGAGCCAAGAGGAGCAGAAAUUCCUGACGUCAAAGCUUGCCGAACAGAUCCGCUCUUACGACGAUUCUUACUGGAUUGGGCUGAACGAUCUGGCUGCAGAGGGCUCCUGGCGAUGGGUGGACGACACGUCUCUCGAUGCACGGACAACGUUCUGGGCCAGUGUCUUGGGGGGCAGGGAGCCAGACAACUGGAGCCAGGUGGACCCGCAGGGGGAGGACUGCGUGCACAUUGGCAUUCACAACACCUUUCAGGAAGCCUGGUACGAUGCGUCCUGCAAAUUGAAGUUCAGGAGGAUAUGCGAAACCACUUUAUGAGAACAGCACAUCCACAGAGGUGAAGAUCUUCCAGGCAUCAGCUUGCCAGGCUUAUCGCAAUAUGUGACUUUCCUUGGGCUUCUAGAUUUAGUCAUUAAAUAACAGUCAUGUCGCCAGCUACUAUCACACACUGUUAUCUCAGGUUCAUCUGAGAUCUCAGGUUUAUCUUUGGUAUGGUACUUUUAUAUUUUGUCUGCACUAUACUGUCUGAUACUAUACUGAAUUCUGUCUCAUAAAAAAAAUCAGAAUAUAGAC